UUCUCUAUACAAAUUACAGAGUUGUGUCGUUUCCUCUCUCGCUCUCCAUUACGCCUUUCUCUGUAACUCACUCGUUAACUCUCUCACGCCGGCCACUAUUCUCCGCCAUUGCACGCUUUCCACUGCUCAUGUUACAUCAUUUACUGCAAUACCUCUCAAAAAAGCAGUUAGACAGGACCACCGCCUCAGACUCCCUCGUAUUGUUGUGCAGUAUUUUUCUCCAAGGAAUUUAUACCAAGGUCUCUGAAUCUAUUUCCUCGAUUAUCGAGAGACCUUAUCAUAUGAAUAACACUAAGGACUUAAUUUUGGGUUUGUAACCUUAGACCUCAACUUCAAAAGUAGUCUUUUAGAAAUAACAAAUCUGGUAUGGUAUUUGUGUGUGAUUCUCUAUAUAAUGUGUUUUUUCAAUCUCUUAUUAAUUAAUAUUUGGUUUUUUAAUAUAUGAAUAUUAAUGUAGCGGGAAAAAAAGGAUGGACAAGAAGUCACUCAAGCUGAGAUGUUUAUUGAAACUCGAAAAAGUCGUAAGGGAAAAUAAGUGGAUGAGGAAACCCAAUUUACGAUUGAUAAACUUCAAGAGUCUAUUGAAAAUUCAACUGAAGUUGGAACACAAACAUUUCAAUCAUUGUUUGGAAAAGAAAAGCCCGGUAGAGUGAGAUGUUAUGGAAGAACUGUUACACCAUCAUUGUUGAAAAAGAAUGAAGAAAUUUCUUUAAUGAAAAUGCAAUAUGAUGGUAAAAUUUCUGACAUGACACAAAAGAUGGGAGCAAUGGAGGCGCUUUUGAAAAGCAUGUAUAUGCAACAAAAUCCGCAUUUAAGUGAAGAGGAAGUAGAUGAAAAGAUGAGAGAAGCUUUGCACAAUGAUAAUAUUCCAACACCACGCUCAUCGACAUCAACCUAUGCUCCGGAUAAUCAAAAGGUUAGAAACGAAGAUGAUCCUCUGGAUGAACAAGAUGAAGAUCUCCAAGAUGACGACGAUCUUUAUUAUGAUCAAGAUGAUGAGGAUCUUCAAUAUGAUCAAGAUGAGGAUCUUCAAUAUGAUCAAGAUGACAUUCUUCAAGAUGACGAUUCUCUACAUGAUGAUUCUCAUGAUCCUCAAUACAAUGAAUGUGAUGAAGACCUUCAUUGAUUCGAAUAUGAACAAUUAUAUUUUGUUUUAUGGAGUUACAUAAGUCAACUAGUUAGUUUAUUACAUUUCAAAGAGUUUGGAUUUAUUUUGAAAAUUUUAUUCUUACAUUUCAAAGAGUUGAUUACACUUCAACUUAUUAAUUAAUACUUCAUAUUGAUA